GCAGUGACCUCUGUCUUCGCGGAACAAAAGGUUCGUAGCGGGAACAUCUUUGAUCAAAAUUGAGUGGCAACCUGAACGGAAAUCCGCGAAUUUCAGAAAGCCACAAUAGAUCUCGAUUGUUCAAUGAUGAAAGUAAGCUUACAUUGAGAACGGUCUUGUUUUCCCUGUCGCGCGGGUGAGUGAGCCUGUUGUGCAAGACUUGUAAUUAAAAGGAUAUCGACGCAUACGGACGGCUGCUGACACUGAUUGCUUUUGUAAUUCGCCAGUCUCGCUCGUCAGCUGUGUUCAGUCUGCAGAUAUGUCAGCCAUUUCAGUGUUGUGGACAAUUGUCUCCCUUGUUCUACUAUUCACAUGCUCUAUAGCAUUAUUUUCACCAUUUUGGCAUGAAUACAUCCCUGAUCCCAUGUCAACAAACAACAGUGAGUCGUUUAUAGCAUUUGGACUGUUACGAUUUUGCCUCCAAGAGCAAUUUGUGACCUUGCAAGAGAUAAAUGCAUGGAGAGACGUAAGGUACUGCUCAUUUUAUGACAGGAUUUUUCCUGGAAUCCCCUCUGUGUUCUGGAAAGUAGCUGUCAAUACUUAUGCACUUGCACUGGUUUUCCUGUUGGUUGCCAUACUGCUGGCGCACAUUUUGUGUUGUCGGAAAUUCCUUUGUGGAAAAUUGCUCUUUGCAAUUGCUGGGGUUAUGCAGAGUAUUGCAGUGGUUCUCCUGUUAGUCAGCCUUAUUUUGUACCCAUUCGGUUUAAACUCUGAAUUUGUUAAGCAGCAGUGUGGCUCUUCAAGUGGAUAUUUCAACUCAGGGACAUGUCAAAUUGCUUGGGGCUAUUUACUAGCUAUUGUCAGUACAGGUCUUCUUCUAUUCUGUCCUAUGAUUGCAUACCAUCUUUCAGUUGCAACACCAAGAUCAAAAGCAACUGUAGUUUAACUUACAAUACCCAGAAGAACUCCACAAGACAUUUUUUAUGGUCUCACGCCCAAGUACUUUGAUGGACAAACAUUGUGGACGAGUUGCAACAACACCAAGUAUUGUUGAUGGGGAUUUCCAGCUGUGCAGAACAUUGUUUAUAUACAUGAUACCAAAAUAUGCAAUUGUAUUCUGCUGAACGUAUUUAGUUAACCCAUGAAUUAACAAUAACUCUUGUAGUAUUAAGUCUGGCAAAUGCCACACUCAAUGAAAUUGUUUUUCUCUAUAAUAGAAGAUAUGAAAUAAUUAAUUAACCCACUAUCAAGUCAUACCUGUUUCAACACGUAUAUGUAGGUAUUCUUUGGGAAAAGUAACUUACUACCUGCGAUUCUGAUUUCAAGAUUCAGAUGUUUUGGAUCUCAAUUUGUUAGUUGUAACUCAAAGUCAGUCUUGUUUCAUAUACACUUAAUAUAAGUUAGUUUGCUCUGUAAGUUUGUAUCAUGCAUUCCUUGCUUGAGAUUUUAAAAUCCAUUGAUUUAAAUUAGAAUUACUAAGACCCCAGUUCAGUUAGGGUCAAUUGGUAUCAAAACAGGAUGUCUUCAUCUGACUUGCAUUAUUCAGAAAUGCCUCAUUAAGAUAAAUGGCUUUCAAAUUUUGAUCAACAUUGUCUGGGUGUUCGUCGCAGAACUCUGGCAGCCCAAAGGGCUGUCAAGCAGAGUACUCGUAUAGGAAAGAAAAGGAAACCCAUCAAUUGAUUUUCUCAUGAUUAUCAUGGCUGGUGGUAUUGCUCGUGGGCACGUACGCAUGACGACGAUGGUGGAGUUGCCCAAGGUGGCAGCCAUACUUCAGUUAAUAGGUUGACAGACAUGUAACCUUGGUUUAUACUGUUCUUCUUUGACAUUGGACUUCCAUGUUCUGGUCAACUGACACCUAUCAAAACAAUGAAUCCACCAACUAGUAUCACCUGACCAUAUUGCGGGCUCAAGUUUAGAGCUCAUCAAGGUGACCCGUUUUUUUUUUAAGUUGCUGACCAAGUGCUGGUUUUCGAUAGGAUCACGGGUUCAUGUCAGGUUAACUUGGAGGCAGGUCUGGGUUGUUUAGAGGCCGGUCAAUGCUAACCUAGGAUAAAAAUUUAACCAAAUAAUACAUUUUUCUUGUAUACAAAAUAAUGUGUUUCACUGGUUUUGUUUUGUGUAUAACUUUUGAGAUUAUUCACGCUCAAAACAGAUGGCCAAACAAUAUACACUAAACUACAAAGUUACAAAACUCAAAUCAAAAUUAUCACUUAUCCUGGGUUAGCUUAAUUGGGCUCUGAACAACCCCGCCCAGGGGCUCCGCUUUCAGGUUAGGCUUGGCUAAAUCCACAUAUUACUUACAUGUAAAAAUAUAAAACAGUAUUGUUGAACAUAACCUACAGAUUACAAUAUAACAAUAUAUUCUGAAGAUAAAGUAUAGCUAACCUACACAAAAAACAUCUUUUAAGGCAUCAUCUUUGUAGGUGUAUAUUUCAGUGUCGUAACUGGAGACAUUUAAAUUAUCCCUUGCAUCAUACUACUUUCUUUAUUUGACCAUUUAGAUGGAUCAAUUUCUAGGAAUAGUUAACUUAAUGUGUGGCAAUAAUGUAGUCUUACAUAUUGAGUACACAUAUAAUAGACACCUAAUUUCUCAAAACAUUGCAGGACUUCGUAACCAAAAUCUGUUUUCCCUAUUUGUAUGCAGGGUCUGUUCGGCCUACCUGUGCAAGGGACAGGUUGCUUUUCAAGUACAUAAAAUAUUGUGUUUACAAGCUGAGCCAUAUGUAGAUUUUAUGCAAUGUAGAAAAUGUUAUCCAUUGGAUACCAGUAGGCAUAUGUCCUCUGGUUGAUAUAACUGAUCCCUGUAAACUUUGAUAACAUCAUUAAUACCAUAAAUUCUCCCGAUUGUGGAACAGGAAUUGAUGAAUUUUAGAGUAUAUAAAUUAAUGGUUUAAUCAUGUUAACAAAGGAAAAUAAAUAGUAAUAAAAACUGUAUAAUAAAAAGGAAGGAGAGUGUUAACUCUUACCAUUGGAACUAUGUGUGAGCCAUGAGACUAUGCAUUAAUGUAAGUAAUUGCAGGAAAACUGUUUUGUUUUUGUUGUU